AUGUUUUAUGCAAAACCAUUCAUUUCAAUUUUGGUAUUAAUCCUAUUUGUGGUUUAUGGCCAGAUCUCAGAUGUCUGUCAAUGUACACCAAAUGGCAACGACGAAACAAAUGGGUUUUUCCAAACCAAUGGAAUUAGUUGUGCUCAAACAGAAUUUUUGGUGUUCUGUUUUAAUAAAGACUUUACCUUUUCAAGUGGGUCGAAAUUUUAUGAAAUUAUAACACAAAGUUCUCUAACUUUCAAUACAUCUGGGUCUUUAUACACAACUUCUACCCGAUUUCUGUCUUUGGAAAGCAAUGUUAUUAACUUUAGAUUGCUAUUUCAUUCCGAAUAUUUAUUUCAAUUAAAACAAAAAUC